CACCCGAUGUCUUCGGCGCCCGAGAAGCAACAGCCACCGCACGGCGGCGGCGUCGGCGGCGGCGGGGGAGGCGGCACGGCCAUGGACCCCGCGUCGUCCGGCCCGUCCAAGGCCAAGAAGACCAACGCCGGCAUCCGGCGCCCGGAGAAGCCGCCCUACUCGUACAUCGCGCUCAUCGUCAUGGCCAUCCAGAGCUCGCCCACCAAGCGCCUGACGCUCAGCGAGAUCUACCAGUUCCUGCAGAGCCGUUUCCCCUUCUUCCGCGGCUCCUACCAGGGCUGGAAGAACUCCGUGCGCCACAACCUCUCUCUCAACGAGUGCUUCAUCAAGCUGCCCAAGGGCCUCGGGCGGCCUGGUAAAGGCCACUACUGGACCAUCGACCCGGCCAGCGAGUUCAUGUUCGAGGAGGGUUCCUUUCGGCGGCGGCCGCGCGGCUUCCGAAGGAAAUGCCAGGCGCUCAAGCCCAUGUACAGCAUGAUGAACGGGCUCGGCUUCAACCACCUCCCGGACACCUACGGCUUCCAGAGCUCUGCCGGCGGCCUCUCGUGCCCGCCCAACAGUCUGGCGCUGGAGGGCGGCCUGGGCAUGAUGAACGGCCACUUGCCGGGCAACGUGGACGGCAUGGCUUUGCCCAGCCACUCGGUGCCACACCUGCCCGCAAACGGCGGGCACUCGUACAUGGGCAGCUGUGGUGGCGCUGCGGCGGGUGAGUACCCGCACCACGACAGCUCGGUGCCCGCCUCCCCUUUGCUGCCUGCAACCGCCAGCGGGGUCAUGGAGCCGCACGCAGUCUACUCAGGCUCCACGGCCGCCUGGCCGCCCUCGGCCUCUGCAGCCCUCAACAGCGGCGCCUCCUACAUCAAGCAGCAGCCCCUGUCCCCCUGCAAUCCCGCGGCCAACCCCCUGUCUGGCAGCCUCUCCACGCACUCCCUGGACCAGCCGUAUCUACACCAGAACAGUCACAACGCCCCAGCUGAGUUGCAAGGCAUCCCGAGGUAUCACUCCCAGUCCCCCGGCAUGUGUGACCGCAAGGAGUUCGUCUUCUCCUUCAACACCAUGGCGUCCUCAUCCAUGCACUCGGCUGGCAGUGGCUCCUACUACCACCAGCAGGUCACCUACCAAGACAUCAAGCCCUGUGUGAUGUGAGACCACAGCGAGCAGGCCCCACUGGGCCCGGGCGGCCUGGCGCAGGGACCUGGAACGCAUUGCAAGAAACUGCUUAUUCUUGAGGUAUAACCAUAGGCAGAAGACGAGGGUUUGACCCCUACCCACCUGGAUUAUUUGGAAAGAAGUCCCCAAGGCAAAGACGCAGCAUGGCGGUCAGCACCUCCUCCCCCACUUCUUCAAAAGAUUAACAAAUGGUGGCUGUGGGGUCCGUCUGACCGCAGCGGUUGGUAAAGAAGUAUCUGUUUUUGAUCCGGCUGAAGGCGGCUGAGACGGUGCUGUGUUGGGGGGACCCUCAACAUCUAAACGAGAAUUCUGCUGAGGCCUCUCCCCGCCUUCCCUCCAAUGGCAGAAGUGGGGGAAGGUUUUCAGAAGAAAGGCCAACAUGUGAGACCAUCAUUAUCAAAUACUUUAUUUUUUGGUUGAGUAUUUAUCUUUUUAUUUUUAAUUUUUUUUUUGAAAGAAUGUCUUGGAAUGCGCAAGUCUCCUCUUAGGGCCCUGUUUUGCAGGAAGCGGGGGCAAGAAAUCCCAUC